CGCUAGGACCGGGCGCGGCGGCGGGCGGAGCCUCUCCGCCGCUCGCCCCUCCGCCCGGCCGCUGCGGCAGUGUCUCGGAGGCGGGCAGGCGGCCGGUCCCUCCGGUCCCACCGGCAGCAUCCCGGCCCCGCCAUGGCUGGCGUCGGCUUCGCGGCGCACCGCCUGGAGCUGCUCGCCUCCUACCAGGACGUGAUCGGCGAGGACAGCCCCACCGACUGGGCCCUCUACACAUAUGAAGAUGGCUCCGAUGACCUGAAGCUGGCAGCAUCUGGAGGCGGAGGUUUGCUGGAGCUCUCUGGCCACUUUGAGAUCCAGAAGGUGAUGUAUGGCUUCUGCAGUGUCAAGGACCCCCAGGCCGUUCUCCCCAAAUAUGUCCUCGUCAACUGGGUGGGCGAGGACGUGCCAGAUGCUCGUAAGUGUGCUUGUGCCAGCCAUGUGGCCAGGAUCGCCGAAUUCUUCCAGGGCGUGGAUGUCAUCGUCAACGCCAGCAGUGUGGAGGACAUCGACCCAGGGGCCAUCGGGCAGCGUCUCUCCAAUGGACUGGCCCGUGUCUCCAGCCCAGUGCUGCACCGCCUGCGGCUGCGGGAGGACGAAAACACGGAGCCUGUGGGCACCACUUACCAGAAGACCGAUGCCACCGUGGAGAUGAAGCGGCUCAACCGGGAGCAGUUCUGGGAACAAGCCAAGAAAGAGGAGGAAUUGCGUAAGGAGGAGGAGCGGAAAAAGGCCCUGGAUGCCAGGCUGCGGUUCGAGCAGGAGCGGAUGGAACAGGAGCGACUGGAGCAGGAGGAACGGGAGCGGCGCUACCGGGAGCGUGAGGAGCAGAUCGAGGAGCACAGGCGGAAGCAGCAGAGCAUGGAGGCAGAGGAGGCCCGACAGCGCCUGAAGGAGCAGUCCAUCUUUGGGGAUCAGCAAGAGGAGGACGACAGGCAGCAGCUCAGGAAAUCUGAGUCAGAGGUGGAGGAGGCUGCUGCCAUCAUUGCUCAACGGCCCGACAACCCCCGGGACUUCUUCAAGCAGCAAGAGCGAGUGGCGUCGAGCAGCGGCGACGCUGUCUCACCGGGCAGCCACAGGACAGGUCGUCUGCACUGUCCAUUCUUAAAGACAGCUGACAGUGGGCCACCUUCUUCAUCCUCCUCCUCUUCCUCUCCCCCACGGACCCCCUUCCCCUAUAUCACCUGCCACCGCACCCCAAAUCUCUCCUCUUUCUUCCCAUGCAGCCAGUCGGACGCUUACCGCAAGGCCUCGGCAGCGGGCUGCAGCCCUUGCGAGUCCAGCCCAGCUGCCACGCCACAGGGCGAGCUGGGUACCCGCACCCUGGGCCAUGAGACGCCGGCAACGCCCAAAGACUCCCCCAGCCCCAGCACCCAGGAGGCUGAGCUAGCCGCCCCCGAACAGCACUGGCCCUUCCCGGGGCCCGAGGACAAGGCCACUGAGCCCCCUGGGGACGAGCCCAGCCCCAGGCCGGCAUGGACAGCGGGGGCUGAUGCCCUGGGAGACCUGGUGACCCUGGAGCCCGAUGAGCCCUCCCCUCCAGCCACAGCCACUGAGCCCCAGCCUGGGGACAUCCCCAACCCAGAGAGCCUCAUCGACUUGUGGCAGAGCGAUGGGGUGACCGCCCCCACUGUCUGGCCUCUGCCUGCUGCCCCCGUCCCCGAGGGCACCCCGGCCACGCUGCCUGACGAAGGGACCCUGCUGAGCCUGGAUGAGCUGCCCGAGCCCCCUGCCACCUUCUGCGAUGCAGAGCAGGAGGAGGUGGCGGCCAGUGGGGAGGACCCCCAGCCCCAGGGGCUCGGCUGCCAGCACACCCCCCAGGAGGAUGCCCCGGGCCGAGAGACACCCCCCAUCACCAAUGGGGAGAUGGCCCCCAAAGAUGGGACGCCAGGUCGUGGGGAGCAGGCCAGCGAGGGCUACUUCAGCCAGUCCCAGGAGGAGGAGGUGCCCCCUGCCGAGGAGCUGUCGGCCAAAGCCCCCCAGCCCAUCUUCUACAACAAGCCCCCAGAGAUCGACAUCACGUGCUGGGAUGCAGACCCCUUGCCUGAGGAAGAGGAGAGCUUUGGGGGGGGCCUGUAAACCCGAGCCCCACCACAGCACAGGCAGCCUGCCCUGGCCGGUGUGGGGCAUGGGGGGGCUGCAGCCGGGGGCCGGGCCCCCCCUUGCCCCUCUGGGGCCCCGCAGGAUGAGGCCUCUGGGUGGGGGCCGCCCCCUUGUGCCCCCACUCUGGGGCACCUUUUACAGCCCCUCCAUCUCUUUCUCUCUUUUUUAAGUUGUUGGUAGGAGCCGUGUCGACCCCUCAGCCCCCCCUUAGCAGUUCCCCCCCCUACCCCAACGGCCCCUUUAGGGGGGGACACACGCUCGCAUCCCCUGUCCAGCUGUGGGAUGGAGUCCUCGUUCUCUUCAUGCCCCCCUCCCCGGGAGUCCCCCAGUACUUUGCACGAG